AUGGUAGAGAUCCCUGGUUCUGAGCUCAUGGUGUCGGAGGGUAACGGUCAUGUCGGUCUUGUGGUCGACAAGGCCAUUGGCUCUGUAUCGUGUGCGGGCAUCAGGGGUUCGGGCGCCGCCAUCUCUGUCGACGCCGCCAUCAUCGAGUCCUUCUGGCUUAAGGAGAUGCAGGGGGAGACGCGGGGGGAGUAG